UCCUGGAGCAAUCUCACAGGGUGGCUCCUUUCCAUUUGAACUCAAAUACUUUGCUGUCUCCUCUGCAGUUGCCAGACCUGCCUCUGCUGCUGCUCAGGAAAAGCAUCUCGGGAGUCUCUUGCUGACGGCUGAGAAGAUGAUGAGCUCAAGCUAUUGGAGUGAGACCAGCAGGAGCAGCUGUGGGACCCAGCAGCCCCCAGAGGUGCUGCAGUGUGAGCCCCAGCAUUACCACUGCUACCAUCAAUCAAACCAAGCCCAGCAGCCUCCGGAAAAAAACGUGGUAUAUGAGCGAGUGAGGACCUAUAGUGGGCCCAUGAACAAGGUGGUGCAGGCCUUGGACCCCAUCGGUUCACGGGAAGUACUCUCCCCUCUCAAAACCGCCUCCUCCUACCAAAAUUUGGUUUGGAGCGACCAUUCUCAGGAACUCCAUUCUCCAACUCCAAAACUAUCUACUUGUGCCCCAAAUGCUCUACAUAUAACCCAUAAUACUGAACAGGAACUCCAGUCCCCAACAGUGAAAGUCACUACAUAUCCACAGACCACUAUUAGGAGAUACAUAGUACAAAAUCCUGAACAGGAAUCACUGUCUCCAUUCCUAAGAGGAGGACAUUUCUUCCCAGGAAACAAUGUUAUUUAUGAAAAAACAAUAAGAAAAGUGGAGAAGCUAAAUAUGAAUCAGGAAUGUCAUCCUGAGGUCCAAUGCCAUCAUCACAUUGUCCAACAGCCCCAGAUCAUCCACUCUCCACACUGUCAACAGUCCUAUUCUAGCCAGCAAAUCCAAACCACCACAGGAAGUGAUUUAACUUCUACAAACAUUGGAAAUGAAAUGUGCCAUGGUGGAUUGAGCCAGAUUCAUGAGCAGGUGGUAAUUCAGGAUGAUGGCCCUGAAAAAUUAGAUCCCAAAUAUUUUGGAGAGUUGCUUGCUGAUCUAAGCCGUAAGAAUAUGGAUCUAUACCACUGCUUAUUAGAACACUUGCAGAGAAUUGGAGGAAGCAAACAGGACUUUGAGUCUACAGAUGAGUCUGAAGACAUUGAAUCAUUGAUUCCUAAAGGAUUGUCAGAGUUUACCAAACAACAGAUUCGCUAUAUUCUGCAGAUGAGAGGUAUGUCUGAUAAGUCACUCCGGCUAGUGCUAUCCACAUUUAGCAACAUACGAGAGGAGCUUGGACAUCUUCAAAAUGACUUGACAUCACUAGAAAAUGACAAGAUAAGACUUGAGAAAGACUUGAUAUUCAAAGAAACUCAAAUAAAAGAGUAUGAAGAACUCUUGGCAUCAGUCAGAGCAAAUAAUCGCCAGCAGCAGCAAGGACUUCAAGACUCAAGCUCAAAAUGUCAGGCAUUGGAAGAAAACAAUCUUUCUCUUCGACAUACACUAUCAGACAUGGAAUACAGACUAAAAGAACUGGAAUAUUGUAAACGUAAUUUAGAGCAAGAGAAUAAAAACCUUAGAAUGCAGGUUUCUGAGACUUGCCCAGGCCCAAUGUUGCAGGCCAAAAUGGAUGAGAUUGGCAACCAUUACAUGGAGAUGGUAAAAAACUUGAGAAUGGAGAAAGAUAGAGAGAUCUGCAAGCUAAGGUCCCAAUUAAACCAGUAUCAAAAAGAUGUUUCAAGAAGAGAAGGAAGUUGCAGUGACUUCCAAUUUAAGCUUCAUGAACUGACAAGCUUGCUGGAAGAGAAGGAUUCCCUUAUAAAGCGUCAGUCAGAGGAACUCUCAAAGUUGAGACAAGAAAUAUAUUCAUCUCAUAACCAACCCUCAAGUGGUGGAAGGACUACUAUUACUACUAAAAAAUAUAGGACACAGUAUCCAAUCCUAGGUCUCCUGUAUGAUGACUAUGAAUAUAUACCACCAGGUAGUGACACACAGACUAUUGUAAUUGAGAAAACAGAAGACAAAUGGACUUGUCCAUGAAUGAAUCCACUUUAACGUAUACAACUCAAAGGAGGUUUUGUGUGUCUACAUUAGUACUUUGUUAUUUUUCUAUCACUAAAGGCCAAUCAAAAUUUGAACCAUGCUACUACCUAAUGAACCUAAUGAAAUGAAUUAGUUCUGCAAAUGAGUUUCUACAGCCAUUUGUGAAACCUGAAUCAUUUCUAUAACAUCUAUGUAUUCAGUGUAACAACAUAAAAACUGAAAGAGGGACCUGCUUGUUUAAACUUUGAUUGUGGACACUGUAAAACAUAACCUGUUUUUUUUCAGAUAGGCUGUUUCUUAGAUACCGAACUAAUUUGUUGGGGUAAAGAUUUUACAAGUUAUUCCAUUAGAAGAUUUCUCUGAUGUUAGAUGAACAGUUCAGCUGUAAGAUUAGGUGUUUUCUUCUUCUUAUUAUUAUUUUUUUUUUUACAGAAAGAGGCCAAAGACAACUGAACUUCAAAAAAAUAAUUUAGUGCAUGAUAUAUUGUCUGUAUUUGCUUUUCUUACAUUAAGCCUUGUGACUAAAAGAUAUGCUUUAUUACAUGCUAUUACACCUCUUGGAAACAUAACUAAAUCAAAGGUGAUGGUUAAUUUCAUUUAGCAGGGAAGUGGGAUAAUAUCUUCUUAAACAACUAAAUCCACUAAAUUGUGCAUUAUGUUAUUGUGGCUCUAAGUAUGUAGCAGUGCCUUGGAAAGUCUGUUCUUUCAAAGCAUAUCCUCCCCAAAUGAGCCCACCCACUUCCUUAAAAAACAUAUAAUGCUAUAUAGUGGUAGCGAGUGGAAAGAAUGUAGGCUUUUUCAAAGUGGUAUAUAAAUGUAACAUUGAAAUAGUACAUAGAUAUAAGGCUUAGGGAAUAAAAUAACAACAACAAAUACUUGAUAGCUGUAUCCUACUUGGGAGAAAUACUUUGUAGUAGAGUAUCUAAUAUAUUUAGAAUUUGGUUAAUUGAUUGGGCUCUAAUGACCUUACAAAGUGAACCUAAGUAUUUUUAAAAAACAUUACAAGAAUGAAAUUUCUUAAUUUCAACCUGUCUGAUUAAAGUUUAAGAAUUAGCAAAAAUUAAAAUGUUGCCUUUGUCAAAGUAUAGAUUAAGGCAACAAAUAUAUUUAGGUUAUAUGUAAAUAAAGUUUUGCACUGAAACAUCUCUGCAAAUAUCCAUAUAAAAUUCUUUUAUGCCUUAUAAUUAUAUUCUAACAAUUAUUCAUUUUACUAAGAAACUGUUAAGAACAGAUGAGGCACUAUAAUAAAUUAAACCAUAAAUGAGAAAAAUGCUUUUAGUAUUCUUUUACAGAUAUAUUCAAAUAGGUCUUCAUAUGAAGCUAAAUGCAUUAUUUAUAUUAAUACUUUGGUUAAAAAGUUAAGCUCUGUAACAUGAAUUGAUGUAAUUCCAAUUUUAUCAAUAUCUUGUGAUAGAAAAUGUUAAUAUUCUCCACAAACUAUAUAGUCCUUACACUUUUUCCCCUUGGUGUAGGAACAAUAGAGCAGCUUCUCCUCUGCUAACUACUCAUAUAUAUAACUGUAAUAAAAGUAUACUGUUAUCCAAAUAUUACAAAUGAUAUAAGGGGAAGUUUUUAUUAGCUUAACAGAAAACUGCCAUCAUUACUGUUUGACAAUGAGAACAGGUGUGAAUUUUGCAAAAUACUAAAAAUGAGAGAGUCCAAAUUUUGGGGGCAGUUACGAAGUCAGCACUUUAUUGCCCCACUUGAUCCGUAGAUAUUAAAUAGGGGUCAUAACAAGGUCCUUAUUAUACUUAAUUUUUAAAAUUUUAAUACAAAAUUUAAUAAUACAGAGAGCUAUUCUCUGUAUUUAAAUGGUGAUUGCUUAAAUACGUAUUUCUUUUCCAAUCUGUGAUUAAGAUCAAUAGAAAUAGUAGUGAUAUAUUUUCCUCUCAAGUUUCACUCAGCUUAUCUAUGAAAACUACAUAUUUCAGGUGAGGCCUAUUUAUCUAAUUUCUAUUCCAGUAUGUGUUUGCUUUGUUUGCUUUAGAUUUGUCAAAUAAAAUGGAGGCUGUGUGAUGACAUGCAGAGUAAUUUUUUACAUGUCUAAGUGAAAUAUGUGAAGCAUCUGUAUGGUUUUUGUGAAAAUUCAAGUAGGAAAUGUACAGGAAGGAGUUUUAGCUUAGCUAUAUAUUUUUGUCAGGAAAUUAUCACGUGAAGGUUUAUGUUGGAGCUAAUGAAUAAACACUGUUCUCAUUGAAAACAAAAGCAAAAAACAAAACAAAAAAACCUCCCUGACGUAGACUACUUUAAGAUAGUUCAAUUUCCAGUUGAUGCAAGUUUCUGUUUUAAAUUAUAAUUUCUUUGCUUACAAACCUAGUUUUCUAACUCACUUGUUUUAAGCGUCACUUCACAAAGCAUUCAUCCCAUUCUUAUAAUUAUGCUUUAACUGUAUUACUUUUUCUCAACAUGGACAGUACAAAAGGACCAAAAUAAAGCUUUAAAAAAUUUAAUCUCACUAUUCAAUUUGGGUCACCUUAAGGAAAAGCCAUCCUCACGCCAUUUUCCCAUUAUUUCAAUCUACAAAAAUGACAUGUUUUUUUGGAAAUAAUUCUUUUUUUUGAAAACGAUUCUUUUGAAAGUAAGCAAUAUGCUGUGAAAAGAUUUAAUUACAAGAUCCAUCUUCCCCACUACAUGCUAAUACUAAAUUUACUGGAUUUUCAUAAUUUUUUGUCCAAUUGAAAAAAAUAUAAAGUAUUUCAUGCUCACCCUAGAUAAAUAGUAAAUAGAAAAUAUUUAAGUGAAGAACGUAAUUAACAAUUGCAUCUUUCUUAAUAGAACCUUUAACAAUAUUUAGUCCAGAACAAAAACAUACCUCUUUUUAGUCUACAAAGGAACACUGGAAUUGUUAUAUAAUUAGAUGAUAGCCAGGCAAUCUCGGUAAUCUUGAGUUGGUCUCUUGUACACAAUGAGAUGUUAAGUUCGUGAUCUUUAUGUUUGGUUUCUCACCCUACCACAUUAAAAUAAUUCUUUUUUAGUGAGGUAUGUGUUCUUGACAUCCUUUAUGUUAAGAGACAGUUUUUGCAAUAUAAUGCUUUUGUUCUCCAGUUAGUUUGCUAAUACAGUGUUGACUACUUCUACUUCAUAGGUGCCAAGACCUAACAAAGCAGACCAAUUUCUUAAAAUGGAAGAACACAUAGGCUUUUUGAUGUAGUUCCCUAAAGGGGUCUGAUGAUCCAGCACUGCUGUGGUGGUGGGUAGUGCUGAAAUCUAGGAUGACAGGGUUUUGGAAUCAGAUGGGAAGUUACUAAGACUUACAGUAUGGGUUAAAUGGGACAGUUGUCAAUAUUGUCAGUUGGUUCAGAUUUUAAAAUGGAGCAAUUCCCUUUAGUUUCUUGGGCAAUGAUCAAAAAGAAAGGAUUAACAACUGGAACAAGCAGAUGAAACAUUUUUAGUCUGGGACAUCUAGUGUUCUACCCUUGCACCUACAAAUUAGUCAAUUUCAUCUACAGGGCCUUUAAAUAGCUGAUAACAACAUCCAGUUCUUAUCUGAGAUCCAAGGUUCUAAGAGAUUUUUCUCAACCAGUUCCAAAUUUACAAGCUAAUUCUUUUGGAAGGACAGGGUGGAGCUGGAAAAUGGUGAAACUGGGAAGAUUCUCUAAUCCAAUAAUAUUCUAGGGUUCAAAUCUAGUCUUGCAUUUUCUCUAAAUAAAGACUUAUUCGUUAUAAAAAUCUGAUUGGAUAGAAUUCCAAGCCUAGCCAGCUUUUUCUGGGUUCUCAAAACAAGAGGAAGUAGAAAGAGCUGAACAAGAGGAUUCUUUUGUUCCUCCACUUUCCUAGGAGAUGAGUCAUUUUUCGCCCUAGAAGUAGAUAUAUUAAAAAUUAUGCUACACCUUCCUUUAAAAUUCUUAAAAAGAUGUAUGGGAUUUGCUUCAAAUUAAACGAACGGGGGAAGGAGGCAUUAAAAUAAGCCAAUCAGGUGUAAGCAGAUGAAGGGAGGAGUAAGGAAGAAUAUAAAUGGAACAAGAUUGGUCAUGAAGUAAUAAUAAUUGUUGAAUCUGGGUGAUAGCUACGAAGGUUCAUUAUAUUCUACUUUUGUAUAUGGUUUUUGCAAUUAAAGAUAUAAAUGCAUCUAUAAGGGGAAUUCAAGAUUCCAACUGGUGGUUGUCCUACUUGAGACAUGAAGAGUUGAAUUUAAGGGCCCUACCUGGGUAACAAUUCUCAAAUACUUUCCUCUCCUGAUAUGUGACAGACCAUUUAGAAAUGGCAAGUGGACAAAUCUGCACAUAAUGACCCUGAAUUGUUCUAGAAAAAUAAUUUUUCAGUAAUUCUCAUUUUUUUCUCCUUAGGGUAAAAUCUUCUCUGGUAUAUAGAAAAGCCUUGUGCCAGUAAAAUCUGUAUUUUUUUAAGACAAUCUUAUGUUUGUAACAUGCGCUAAAGUCUUAACUGCUCUACCUGGGCUGAGGUUUUCUAGGCCUAAUUUACAAGUAGAAGAAAAUCCAUCGACUUUUCUUCUACUUCACUAUGACUAUAAACUGGAAUACCCUCCUACCAUGGCUCUCUGCUUCCCUCAGCUCCUCUACAAUGCAUUCCUCACACAGCCUCCAGAGAGAUCUUCAAUAUAUAAAUCGUGUCAUAUUACUCUCUUGCUUAAAUUCCCCUAAUGGCUUCCAACUUUAAACUUCUCACAGUCUGAUAGUCUUACCAGUCCCCAUCAUUAACCAUUGCCCAGCCAAAGCUUGUUCCACCUCAGGUAAUUUGCACUUGCAGGUUUCUCUGUCUUCCUUUUCCACAAGAUCUUCAUAUGACUAGUUCCUUCAUGCAACUCAUGCCUCAGCUCUAACACCAUGUCCUCAGUAAGCAUUGCCUCUAUGCAUUCAUCCACAGCUAUCUGUUUAAGCAAAGUUGCCAGUGUAUACCAGAAUUACACUAAAUGUUUUGUCUACUAUCUGAUUACUCAUAUGGUGGCAACAAAUGGGAGCUUGCUAGAAAUGCAUAAUUAUAGCUCCGGUCCCAUACCUACUGACUCAGAAUAUUCAUUUUAACAAGUUCCCUAGGUGAUCUCUAUAGACAUUAAAUUUGAGAAGGACUGGUCUAACACGCAAGGCUAAUAGAUUUCUUUCUCUGUUAAUGACUAUUAAAGAAUAAUUAGUAACCCAAAUGACAAAGAGUCUUAACUAAUAGUUUUAUAUAUCUAGAUACAUUAAUUCUAUUAAAUACUGACUAGUUUGAAUAUAAUAAGUUAUUUUUAUGCUCACUGGCAGAAACCUCUCCCAAAUACUUAAAUCAAUACUUUUCUUUUUGAAUGUAUAUUGGAAACAUACUUAGAUAUAUUCAUUUCUCAGGAUUGUGCAAUUUAAGCAAGUUAAGAACUUUUAGUUUUCUCUAUAAUACUGUAUCUCAAGUCUUAAAAUGAGCAUCUUUAUUUAUCAUAUUUCAUUAUGGUUUUAGCAAAUAACAAUUGAGGAAUAUGCAUGCCAUAAUCAUUAUAAUUGUUUAAAUUCCUAGCUCAUUUUGUUGUCAAUGCAUAGAAGUCAACAAGACAUUAAAGACCAAACUGCCUAAGAG